AUGACCUUCUACUGGAAACACAUCAAGUGGACGGGACCUUUGGGACCUAAAGGUGAAGCUGAUGUCGAGCUCGGCAAGCAUUCGAGCUCCCCGAACAGAUCGACUCCACCAGCCUCCUUAGCCAUUCAUGCUCCAGAGACAAGCACACAGCAUGAGGUCGACGUAGACUGUCUGAAUACUGGCGCUGGUUUAUGA